AACAUUGACCACGCGUUUUGCGACCCUUGUUAAGAAAAUCGAGCAUUUCUCCGCUUAAAGAUGCCCUCAAUCCCACGCGCUCUUAUCUCCGCCUGAUUGCUAAUCGCUUCCUCCAACUCUUUUAUAAAGCCGCUCGUUUCCAUGAAUGGCUACAGCUGCUGAGCAGGACCAUAAAAAUGGCGAGACUCGGAGGAGAGAACAGCCUGGAGAUCGACAGUCUCGCUCGUUUUGCCGUCGAUGAGCUCAACAAGAAACAGAAUACACUCCUGGAGUUUGGGAGGGUAGUGGAGGCGAAACAGCAGGUGGUUUCUGGAACUAUGUACUAUAUAACACUGGAGGCAACGGAUGGUGGGAAGAAGAAAGUUUAUGAAGCCAAGAUUUGGGAGAAGCCAUGGCUGAACUUCAAGGAGUUGCAGCAGCUCAAUCUCAUUGCUGAAUGUUGAUGCCCCUUCAGGCUCUAUUGCUUAGCUAGGUAUCAAUUACAGAACACUGUUGCUCUGUUUUGAUUUGUAGUGUUGAUUUUCUUGUGGAUCUGUAGAGUGUAGAAAAUACUCAUAUAACAAAAAUCCUAGCAAAGCAAGAAGACGAAAAAGAAAAAGAGGCUUUGGAGAAAAGAGUCGUGUGAAAAUGAAUUAAGCAUUAAAAUCCAUGUACAAUAACCUAUUUAUACAAGCUGAAAUAAAGGGAAGAAAAAUGCUAUACGGCAA